CACCCACCCAAGUUUCCUAUCCAGAGUAAAUAAAACCCUGCUGCUUAAAAAAUAUAUAUAUUUGGCGGUUGGCUUUCCUUUUCAUUCCACUUGGCUUUUGCAUCAAGAUAUUUCCCCUUCAAAUUUCUUAAUUUUUUAUUUGUUAAACUUUCUAUUAUAUAAUUUCGUCUGCGCUUAUUUCCUACGCUAAUACUAAUAUUUAAUAUAUUUGAAUAAUGAUCGGAACGGCCCAAGCUAUUAAUACUGGGCCUAAUGAGUCGCCUAAAAACUCUGUCGAGAAGGCACCCAACAAUGCUGAUGAUUUCGUUUCGCCCGUGUCAAGGGCCAAACUCAUUGUCUUUUACAUCGGUGCUCUGGUCGCAAUCUUUGUCACCAAUUACCAGACUGUGGUCCCGGCCUCGUUCUUUGUCCAAGCAGUCGCUCCCUGGGGUGUCGGGGUGAGCUCACUGUGGAUGCUUGCUGCAUAUCUCAUCGGCUACGUGUCUUUUAUACUUCCAACGCUUCGCAUCUCAGAACUAACUGGUCGUCUGGGAGCUUUCUGGUUCGGUCUGGUCGUAUUUGUCAUCUUCACCGGCGUUGCAGGCCAUGCACACUCUGCGUAUACUUUGCCGUUCUGCGUGCCUUCCAGGGUGUUGGCGCGGUAUCGUUGCAUCGGUCUCAUGGCUGACUGUUGCUACUAACUCGUCCGAACGUAGUCGCUCGUUGUUUGUCGCCGGCCUGUGUGCCGCGCAGCUGUUUGGCGUUGGUGCUGCCCAAUCAUUGGCGGUAACUUGGCGGCCAAUGGCAAGUUCCGGUGGAGCAUC